AUGGAUUUCUAUUCUUCUUCUUUCACUUUACCACGUCCAUUUCAUCAUCAACCAUCAGCACAACAACAACAACAACAACAACAACCACCACAAUCACAACAUCGCAAUCAAAGCAUCUCAUCAGCAUCUCAUCAAUCAUUGUUAACUAGUCAUAAUUCAACUUCAUCAAUUCAUUCAAUUCAUCAAAACUCUACUAACAUCAAUCACACUCAUUCUAACAACAACAACAACAACAACAACAAUCGAUCAACCACUUCACAUUCAAAUAACUCUCUAGAGGAUUCAACCGAUCAUGAAUUACCGACCUCCACGCCUCUCGUCUCUAGAAUCCCAUCUUGUUUACCUUCUCAUCCUCAACAACAUUCACCUACCAAUUCGAUUAUCAACAAUACUCCUCCUACUUCAACGACUUCUAAUCAUACCUCAUCUUCUCAUCAUUCAAACCUCAACCUUUCAUCCUCUGAUUCGCCAUUACCUUCAAUCGAAACUAUUUCUCGCACUUGUGUAGAUCUCAUGUCACAACAUCCAUGUCUCAUCACCUGUCAUCAACCUAACUCGAACAAAUCAACCACGCCUUCGGCUUAUACGUUUCAUCUCUCUGGCGCUCAGUCUCAAGUCAUGAUGGCUCGUGGUAGAUUAUUGAGAGAGAACCCAUUUGAAGUUAAGAGGGUGGUUCGAAUGAGCCGAACUGAUAUUUUGGAAGGUGGUACUACUGUUAGACCUCAGAUGAAACGCAAAUUGGAUGAAAUUGCCUCUGUCACUCGAGCUCAUCUUUCUAUUGUCGGUAGUGAUGGUGGGAUUGGUGAGGUGGAUGUAGUGAUUCGAGGUGAAUAUGAAGCGGUGGAACAAGCUAGAGUUCGACUUUUGGUGUUAUUUGAUCAAUUGAUUUCAUUACAUUCUGAUGUAUGUGAGAUUGAUUACAAGUUACAUCAUAUCAUUGCCGGUCGAAAACGAAUGGUGAUUCAAUCAAUUCAAGAAGAAACCUGUACCAACAUUUACUUUCCAUCUGCACUUUCAGGUGGAGGUAUCUUGGGUACACGUAAUCCACUUUUGAUUUCUAAGCAAAAUAUGAUUUUUAUUACUGGUGAAUACUUUGGAGUUCAACGUGCUAGAGAAAUGUUAUUCCAAGUCUCAUUACACAAGAGUAAAUGUAUCAUCUCGAGAGAUACCGCACUUUUACCUAGGAAAUUAGAUUGGAUCUUGAUGGAAAAAUUAGAAGAGAUUAAACGUAUCAUGAAUGAUAAUGGUACAUUUAUUAACUUUCCUCCUAUUGGAAGUCAAAUCAGUGUGAUCUCGGUUUAUGGUGAUAAUGUGAUUCCUAUUGAACGUUCAAUUCGAAUGUUGAUGCAAUUGGCAUGCGAAUUUUAUACUGCCAACAUUUGGCUUUUGUCUACGUCUUAUAAUGACUUUUUCUCGAGUACCGCCGGGUCUGAUGCUCUGAAUCAAAACGAGGUCACGCGAGCUUUGAACAUUAUUGCAGCUGAUACGGGAGCCGAAGUAGUUUUUAAAGGUACCAAUAGUUUUGAAGUUUAUGGAACGGAGGUUGAAGUGACUGGUGCUGUCAAUCGUUUACUUGAUUUGGAUCUGGUGAAACCUUUCCAAGCUGAGAUACGUUUUCAAGUUGAACUUGCUUGUGAACAUCGAGACUUUAUCUCUGGUAAAAAGAAUGGAAAGCUCAACAAGAUCAUGAAGGGAUCAAAUGUGAAGAUCAAGUUUGAAUCUUUUAACGAUUACAACUUUUUGAUUGAUCUCUCGGGUAGCUCUACGGCUGCUCUUGCUGGACUUAAAUUGCUUCAAGAAGAACUUCCGGCUGAGAUUUCGUUUCAUAUCCCUGAAUCCUACCAUAAACGAAUUAUUGGUGUGGGAGGGAAAAACAUUCAAAGGAUUAUGAAGAAGUAUGGAGUUUAUGUAAAGUUUUCAAAUGCUGAUGAAUUCAAUAACUUGGGUGGAUAUGUGGAUAACCAUGAUAAUGUGAUUGCACGCACUCCUGCCAAGAAUGCCUCAAACCUUGAGAAUCUCAAGCAAUCUGUCAUGGAGCUUGUUCAUCCGAAAGAUAAGAAUUAUAUUACUGAAAAGAUUUCGAUCCCACGACAAUCGCAUCGUACCCUAUUGGGAGAAAAGGGAAUCUUUUUACACGAUAUUGAAACCAAGACUGGUACUCGAUUUUAUUUUCCUUCUAGUGAAUCGGGAAUUGAACACAUUGAAAUCUUUGGACCUGAGACUCAACUUCAAUUAGCUAUUCAAAUGAUAUUGAUUCAUGUGGGUUUAGAAAGUGAACGUAGAUUACCUGUUUCUGAAGAUUUGAUGAAGGCGAUUCGAUCUGAAGAUUUCAAAAGGGAUGUCAUUGAAGCUUGUAAGAAUGUGAAUGUUCGAGUUAUCAGUCAAGGUGAAGAGGUGAUUAUCAAGUUUAGUAUCUUGGGUCUCAAUUCUUCGACUGGUGGUGGUGGUGUCAAUGUAGAGUGGUUGAGAAACGCCAAGGCCAGAUUGGAAAAGUUUUUAGUGGACCGAAAGGUUCAGAUUAGAGCCGAAUCAGCUUCGCCCGAGGUCAUAGGAGGAAGGUAUGUCAGAAACAGAAGCCGGACUACUUCCAGUUCAUACUCUUUAUCUGCUUUUCCGACUCCUCCUACUCCUACGGAUGUGUUAUUCCCUCUUGGACCAAGCCAAACGACUGCUCAUCAUCUUGGAGGACAUCAUCAAGACUUUAAACCAUUCGAUAAUCCUGGUUUACAUUACGGUGGAUACGGAACUCCAUCUAAUACGAUCCUUCCUAAGCCGGUUGGUAGGAUUUAUAACCAUAAUCCUCCUGUUUAUGGAGUGUCAGGUGGAUUGGGUGCAGUUGGUAGUGUAGGUCCUGAUUGGCAUCAUACUAUACCUCGUCAGAUGGUUAUUAAUAAUGAGAGAUCUGAAACAGCUGCUAGGAUUCAACAACAACAAAUUUCAGAACAGAUUCGUAGAUUAAGUGCUCGUGCUCAAUCCCUUGAUCUUGGAAUUGCAGGUAACGGUAGAGGAGGAGCAGGAGCGGUUGGAAGACAUCGAAUCACACAAUCUGGUAGUGGUGGAGGAUUAGGGCUUGGGCUUUAA